AUGCAGAAAUAUGGAAUUAAACAUAAAUUGGCUACCCCCUAUCACCCUCAAACUAGUGGCCAAGUGGAGUUGGCUAACAGGGAGCACAAAUUAGAUGAUGCAUUAUGGGCAUAUAGAUCUGCAUAUAAGACACCCAUUGGCAUGUCCCCAUACAGAUUGGUCUUUGAUAAAGCAUGUCAUUUACCAGACGAGUUAGAGCAUAAGGCCUUUUGGGCUCUUAAAUUCUUUAAUUUUGACAUUCAGGCCACCGGGGCUAAGAGACGGUUGCAAUUGAAUGAGAUGGAUGAAUUCAGACUUGCCGCCUAUGAAAAUGCCAAGGUUUAUAAAGAUAGAAUUAAAAGGUGGCAUGAUAAGAACUUCUUGAGACGGGACUUUCAUGUAGGCCAGCAA